UAUAAAUAUGAUUGUAUCAAAUUUCGGGAAGUUACACCGGACCAGAUCAGUGACCAGAUUUUCGGUUAAGACUAGACGUGACACGUUGGAAACAUGGCCUUUGUCAAAGUGUUAGUCGUGAUUGCUUUGUGCGUAGUGGUGGUUCGUGGAGUGCCCCAUCCUGAAGUACCACAGGAAAAUGAUACUUCGGAAUCUGACUUUAUGAAAGGUGUGAUAAAAUGCGCAUUCAAAACCGGCACGGACGACGUGGCAACCUGUGCCACCGAAAAGAUGGUCAGGUCUUUGAACACACUUUCCGCCCAGAAAAACCUUGAAAUUUUCCCAGGUGUAAACCUAAUCAGCGACGGAAAUUCAGAAAAAUUCCGUUCGGGCAAAGAACUGAACGACAAUUUGGAAAACGAAUUGACUUCCAAUUCGAUGUUCGAUUUGAUCACGAACGCCACUGCGAGGUUAUUUUCCGGACGUACCCUGAAAAUCAAGCUGCCCGAUUCCGAAACCAUAAGCCGAGCUCUCCAAGAAGGUGUCAUGAAAAAUCGCCGUAGCAAGAACAGCAACAAAAAAGGCGGAAACGGUAUGAUGAUGGGCGUGAUGGGAAUCGGAGCUGCUUUGGCAGCAUUGACGCCGUUGUUUUUGGGAAAAUUGGCGAUUAUAUCCGUCAAGGCACUCAUAUUAGGCACCCUAGCUCUGGUACUAUCCGGAGUUGCCUUCUUCCAAAAUUUCUUCAGCGGGAAUAAGCAGUCCAAUCAAGCAGGAAGCGGCUUCCUAGCUCCACAGACCAGCUACGGAGUGCCUUCUUACGGCAGUACCGGCCAGUCGGCGCAGUUUCCAUACGCUAGGAGUUUAAAUGAAGAUGAAGCAAAGUCUAAUCAGAUGGCAUAUUCGGCUUACCAAUAAGACGCGUUUAUGUGUGUCGUGUGUUAUCGAGUCAAAUAUUUAUUUAUUCGUUUAUUUAUUGAUUGUAAAAAUACAUUAUUUAUUCCAUUAAUAUAAUAUUCGUCCC